CAAGUCUUGAAGCUCUAUCAGUGGGGAAGUAUGGCAAACAAUGCCUCUCCUGAACAGAAUCAAAAUCACUGCUCAGCUGACAACAGCAGCAGCCCGCUGAUGCAGGCCAACCUCCCUACCCUGACCUUAUCUGGAAAGAUCCGAGUGACAGUUACUUUCUUCCUUUUUCUACUCUCCACAACCUUUAAUGCUUCUUUUUUGUUGAAACUUCAGAAGUGGACUCAGAAGAAAGAGAAUGGGAAAAAGCUCUCGAGGAUGAAGGUGCUUUUAAAACAUCUGACCUUAGCCAAUCUGUUGGAGACACUGAUCGUCAUGCCACUGGAUGGAAUGUGGAACAUUACAGUCCAAUGGUAUGCUGGAGAGCUCCUCUGCAAAGUCCUCAGCUAUCUGAAGCUUUUCUCCAUGUAUGCCCCAGCCUUCAUGAUGGUAGUGAUCAGCCUGGACCGCUCCCUGGCCAUCACAAGGCCCCUAGCUGUGAAAAGCAACAGCAAGCUUGGACAGUCCAUGAUUGGCUUGGCCUGGCUUCUCAGUAGUAUCUUUGCUGGACCACAGUUAUACAUCUUCAGGAUGAUCCAUUUGGCAGACAGCUCUGGACAGACAGGAGGUUUCUCUCAAUGUGUAACACACUGCAGUUUUCCACAAUGGUGGCAUCAAGCCUUUUAUAACUUUUUCACCUUCAGCUGCCUCUUCAUCAUCCCUCUUCUCAUCAUGCUGAUCUGUAAUGCAAAGAUCAUCUUCACCCUGACACAGGUCCUUCAUCAGGAUCCCCACAAACUACAACUGAAUCAAUCCAAGAACAAUAUACCAAGAGCUCGGCUGAGGACCCUAAAGAUGACGGUUGCAUUUGCCACUUCAUUUACUGUCUGCUGGACUCCCUACUAUGCCCUAGGAAUUUGGUAUUGGUUUGAUCCUGAAAUGUUAAACAGGGUGUCAGAUCCAGUAAAUCACUUCUUCUUUCUCUUUGCUUUUUUAAAUCCAUGCCUUGAUCCACUUAUAUAUGGAUAUUUCUCUCUGUAAUUGAUAGAGUACAGACAGACUUACUUCUUCAUGUAAGGAAGAGCAAGGUAAUGAAUUUCCCCAUAUAGGAAUGAUAAACACAAAGGCUGCAGCGUAUUUGAAACAAAGCAGAGUUUAAGGUUAUAUUAUCAUUUUUAUUCUUUUAGAAAUCACAUUGUCAGAGACUC